CAGGCUACAGUGUACAGUUUAAAACUUGGUGAUUUAUUCAUUUCUGAAGUUCCAGCGCCUAGAUCAGUUUUACCAAAAAGAGAUUACCCGUCUCGAGGAACCAAAUUCAGGCUCUUGACGAGAAAGACAAUGAACCCAAAUAAAGCACCGCCUAUGAACAGACCUGUUCCAGCCCCUAGAACAGUUCUACCAAAAAGAGAAUCGCCAUCUCGAGGAACAUCAGCAAUGGCUACAAAUGAGAAUCCCGUUGAUUCCCCUGCUUGCCGUGAUUUUAGCUCGAAGCUUAAAUUAUUUGACCAACAAAGCAAGAUGAGAGACACGGACAGUGCGGGAAAAGCGCCAUCUUUUAAACAACCUGGGGGAAUCCGAAUGCAAACCUCUAUGAUGGCAUCAACUUUAGAAAGAGCAGAGUUUCGAAGGGAAUUAUUUUCAAAGGUAGAGUGUCUUCCAGCAAAACCGUCACAUUAUUUAUCGAUGCACGAUUCAAAGGUCUUUCAAGAACCUCGGUGCCUUAUAACUUCAAGCGCAGGAAAUGUACUUGAAAUAAGUGAAGACGUUUUGGAUGAGAUUUCCUGCAUAGACAAGCCCUGUGUCAUUGUGGCUGUUGCCGGUCUUUAUAGAACUGGAAAGUCUUAUUUGAUGAAUCUACUUGCAGGCAAACACACAGACAAGGGGUUUGCACUUGGCGAUACAGUACAGUCAAAGACGAAAGGCAUCUGGGUUUGGUGUGUCGCUCAUCCUGAGAAAAAGGACACCGUUCUCAUUCUUUUGGAUACGGAAGGAUUGGGAGAUCCCGAAAAGGGGGAUCCAAACCACGACAAUCGCAUUUUCACUCUUGCUGCAUUGCUGUGCAGCACCCUCGUGUACAACAUGAAGGGAGCGUUUGACCGGGAUGCUGUGGACAAACUCACAUUUGUGUCUGAAAUGUCCAAAAACAUCAGAUUUGGGGGCAAAUGUGGUGAAGACAAUUACCUUUUGCAAUGUGUUCUGCCCGGGUUUGUGCUUGCAUUGAGAGAUUUCUCGCUCAAACCGAUCAUGAACGGACAGAAGGUUACAAUCGACGACUAUCUUGAAGAGAUCCUCAAAAGUGACACAGGAAAGGGGGAUGCUUUCAACAAACCACGUAAAUGCAUCAGUAAUUUUUUUCCGAAGGAAAAACUGAGGUGUUUUGGGUUCCCAGUUCCCGGAGAUGGUGAGGUGUUGGAUAACCUCGAUAGCCUUACGGUUCAAGACCUUUCAAAGAAAUUUCAGGACGUUGCCUCAGAGUUCGCGUCUUAUAUCUACCACCAGGAACCAAAGAAACUCCAAGUUAGCAAACCAGUCAACGGAUCUAUGUUCGCCACGCUAACUAGACAAUAUGUGGAGGAUCUUGCAAAUGCAGCUGUGCCUGAUGUUGACCAUCGAAAAUAAAAGAGUGCAGAAGGAAUGCCUGGAAAUGUUUCAAUCCCGCAUGGAUCGUAUACUGUUGCCCAUUCCAGCAGCUAUGCUUCAUAAGGAGUUUAAGGAAGCCCAGUUGUUAGCACUAAAAUACAUGCGUGAGAAUGCUGUCGAAGAUGUUGCCAAUUUUGUUGAGAGAUGUUCCGAGAUGGAGAUACGACUAAACUGGCAGGCAAUGCAAGUUAAAAACGGUGAUGCAAUAGAGGAGCAUUGUUCAAACGUACUUUCAAGUUUGAAGUCCCGCAGCAGUUUGCAAACGGGAUUGCAGAACAAGACGUAUGAAGUCAUCGGGAGUUAUAGGAAAUUCAAAAAAGACGCCGAGAUGGUCAGACAAGAGUAUGAACAAGCUCUUCGAGAUUAUGAAGAUAGAGAGAUCGCAUUGACUUGGGGUGGAUUUGUGAAAAGCCUCGGUCAGGAGGAAAAUCUAAUUCUUAAAAAAGACGAAGCCCUUUCUGAAGAAGAGAGAAAAAGAGAAACGAAUGCACAUGCAAAUUCAAUAAAACAAAUUAUGCAAAAUAUGCAUGAAGAAAAUCAAGAAGCUUUAAACAAUCAAAAGAUGGCGCUAAAUGAGCAACAAGAGGAGUUGAAUGCAGAACGCAAAAUUAAGUACAAGGAACAUGAACAACAAGUAAAAACGCUUCAUGAAAACGUGGCGUCUUUUGAAACAAAUAAGGAAGACCAAAGCAAAAUAAUUGAUCAUAUAAAUGCAUUGCAAGAAAAGAAAAGGCUGGGAAAUAGAAAAAGAAACUCUAGAAGAUCCGAUGCAGCGUUUAAUGGACAGAAUAGAAGAAUUGGAGAAGAAAGAAAGGGAACGAAAAGAAAAGUAUUUGUUUACAAGGGUUUGGAAUGCAAUCUUUAACUAUUAAAGAUACCAGCUACUACCAUUCCAGAAUGAAAAUAAAAUGAAAAAAGGCAACGUACAAGUGAUAAAAUAUAUUGUAGACAUAUGCAAGUACAGAGUUGAGGAAAAGGUUUAACAUUUAACAAAUUAUAUAAGCCAGUCAACACAUUACAUGGCUUCACAGCAACGACAACAAACACAAAUUAACGAAUUUAACAAAUGAAGCUCUGGAUUAACCUUUUAACAUCAUUGAAUUAAAAAAAAAUAUUUCUUUCCACAAAUAACAUUGCAUGGAAUAACUUGAAGUGGAAACGUUUAAAGAUUUAUUAGCUAUAAGUGAGUAAUCUAUACGAAUAAGUUUAGAGUAUACAAAAAGGCACAACGAGUUCAAUGAGGUGUAGUUUUUGAAACACCAUAUAUUGUAUACCAAAUGAUUGCAAAUCAGUAGCAAAUUGUGAAGAAAAAGUUUCUAAACCACAACAGAUACUUAUGGAAGAAAACCUUUGUAUGAAUACAUGUAUCGAAGUCUUCCUUGAUUCUAGACUGAUAAAAGAGAAAUGGUGUUUUCAUGGUUUAUUUGUAAAAUAAUUCAUGGGUUCGUGUACAUGGGAAUGCUAUUUAGUCUGUAUUGUUUUGUUUUUUUAAUUUGGUAUAUUAUGUAUUUUGGACCAGUGCCUUUAAUUACCUUAUUAUUAAUUUUUAUUUCAUUUGACUUUACUUAAAAUAUACAAUGCAAUGAAUAGUAACGGAGAAAUACCCAGAGUGAUGAGGAAAGGAAAUAAUUGUGCGUAUGUCUAAAAGUGUAAAGCCUGAAUAUGCAAAAGUCUAUAGACAGAUAACAUUAGUUAACAUUCUUUUUUUUUCUCAUUUAUUUUGAACAUAGAUAAUAUAAUAACCGAAUGAUAAUCUCAAACACAUUAUAAAUCAAAAACAUAUCUAUAUUGUUUCAUAUUUUCAGAAUAUCAAAAAACUAAUCACGCACGCGCAAAAAACAAAACACACACACACGCACACACACACACGCACGCACACACAUACGCACACUCACACUUCCCCUUCACUUAGUGAUGAUUUUACUAUAUGUGGUUGUGUAUAAAAAGAAGAAAAAAAAGAAAACUAUACUAUUUAUAUGCAUUCUGGUUCUGUAUACAAUCGGUAUCUUAAUUAUCUUAAAAUUAUUAUAAUUUUAAUACAUUCCAUUUGAGAGUGUGAUAAUCAUAUCUAUCGUUUUGUAUUGCGAUAUCUCCUUCAAUUUUUUGUCUGAGAGUUAAGUAUUGUAAAUAGGCAUUGAAUGAUGGGAUAGUGUUUCGGUAUUUUAUUGAGAAUAUAUAAAAUUUCUUUAAUAAAAUAAGGAAAUUACAUAUUGGUGUGUGUUUAAAUUUGAUAUGGAUACCGAAAAUGCUAUUUCUUUCGUUAUAACGAUGUUUAUCGAUCGCUGUUUGAUAAAGUCAUUUAAGGCACUCCAUAGUGGUUUAACUUUCUGACAGUCCAAGAACAAGUGAUCUAUUGUCUCGAUUUGUACGCUUCAAAAAUCACAUAAGUUAGAAUUUUUUAUUCUACAUUUAUGCAAAUAUAUUUUUGUGGAUAUUAUUCUUAGUAAGAAUUUAUAUAGAAAAUUUCGUAAUGAUGUAUCAUUCGAGCUUAUAUAGAUUGUAUUAUAUAUUUUUUUCCAUCCAAUAUUUUCUAUAUUCGGGAAUGUUAAUUGCCAUUUAGUUUCUGAUGAUGGCUUAAUUUUGUUGUUUUUUUGUUGUGUCGAAUAUAGAAACUUAUUUGUUUGUUUCGAUUCCUUUAUUUUAUCUGUAAUUAUUUGGGGUCUGUUUUGAUUGAUAUUAACUAGUGUCAAAUAUUUUAAGAAAUCGUUUUUAUUUAUGUCGUAUAAGCUUCUUUUUUCUUCAAAACUGUAAACUCAUUUACCCUGUAGUCGUAUAUGUGUUCGAAGAAUUGUAUGCCUUUUUGAUACCAUUCUUUAAAAUACAGUGUGUGGCCGUUUUGUUUUAUCUCUUUGUUAUUCCAAAUUAUUGUUUUACUUAACAUUCUUGCUGAAAUAUUUUCCACACUUCUUUCACGAAAACUUUCAAACUAGGCUAAAAAAAACCUAAAGCAUUAUUGCUAAGCAAUUUCGAUUCAAAAUCAACGAUUUAGUGCAUAUUUAUUGAUACCGCACUUAUAAAACAGAGACUAAAUGAUGAUUUUAUCGAGAACUGGAAGAUAAGAAGUGUCUAGUAGAAAAUUGUUUUCUAGCCACAAUUUGAUAAAUUCUUCUUUCUUAAAAUUUGCGAAGUGUUUUUUUUAACUACUGAACUUGUCUAAAAAUAUUUUUGUAUUAUGCUUGUAAACAAUUGAACCAUUAAAAGACAAAGCUUGACUG